UCUCUCCCUUCAUCUUCAUUUUGUUUCUAUACAGUCACAUUCUGAAGACUCCAUUUUCUGUAGCUCUCGUCUUGUUUACGAGUAGUAGUGAGGAAGACGAAAAGAUUGUUGUUGUGGUCUUGUGACUAUUUACACUUCUUUGUUUGAUCAGAUUUGAUGGUGGAUUCUCUGUUUCCGAGCAUCGAAGCAACCGUUGACGACGCCUCUCCGGAGUCAAGACGGAAGAGGCGGAGGAUAUCAGAGACGGCGAAGGAGACGGCAGAGUCAUCAGAGAUCAACCAAGAAAGCUUAAAGAGAUGGAGAACCAAUCGUGUGCAGCAGAUCUACGCCUCCAAGCUCGUCGAAGCUCUGCGCCGAGUUCGUCAGAGAUCCAACGACGGCGGUAAAAUCACCUCCGCCGCGCGAGAGAUACGCGACACGGCGGACCGAGUUCUCGCCGCGUCGGCUCGCGGCACGACGCGGUGGAGCAGGGCGGUCUUGGCCACUCGCGUCCGAGCGAGUCUGAAGAAGCACAAGAAGGCGAAGUUAACCGGAGCUCGCAAACCGAGAAAAGACACCGCGGCGGAGAGGAAGCGGAGUAAACUGCCGGCGGUUGAGAGAAAGCUGAAGAUUCUCGGGAGGUUGGUUCCCGGUUGCCGGAAAGUCACCGUGCCGAACCUUUUGGACGAAGCGACCGAUUACAUCGCGGCUCUAGAGAUGCAGGUCCGAGCCAUGGAGUCUCUUGCAGAACUCCUAGCAGCCGCCGCGCCACGGUCGAUGUUGACCCGACCGUAACGGCGGCAGUUAGUUUGUCAGUUGUUAAACUAGUUUUUUUACCUUUUUACCCCCUUUGUUUGGCUCAAGUUUUUUUAUUUGUUUCUGUUUUAUAAUUUCAUGUAUUUUAUUUCUCUACAUUGUACAUUACUUUGUUUAGUUGUAUCCAUUUUGAUCUUCUUAAUAUUUUCCUAGAAUCA